AUGGCUCUUGUAUAUUCCGGUAACCUGAUGGUGGCUGCUGCACGUAAUUACUUGUCCAUCGCGUCUGAAACGGACGGUGUUCUCCACCCACCAAUGAUCUGGGUGAUAUGUGUCCUAGAUUACACAGGAUUUUCGUCGCAACAACAAUCCUAUCUGAAAUCAAGUCGAAGGUUUACUCUCCGACAAUUUUCAGUGACGGCAAAUGUGUUUGUUCAUUUUGCGGAUGAAAACGAUAAAGCGAUGUGCAGCAAAGAUAUGCUUGUGGGCAGACAGAUCAAAAAAUCGUCGAUUUCACAGAUGGUAAUGGUGCAAAUGUUAAAAAAUGGUAUGCAGUCAGUUCAAAGGAGUGCCGCUGAUUUCUUUUUUUUGCAAAUACUGGGCGAAGGUUGUUUUUCUACGGUGUAUCGUGCUCGUGAAGUAUCAAGUGGAAAGGAAUUUGCGCUGAAAGUGCUCAACAAAGAUUUAAUUCGACGACAUGAUAAAGUACUGGUAGUGUCGGUUAUGCGUGAGAAAGACAUAAUGACUUCAUUGACUUAUUUGCACGGCGGACAUCCAUAUUUCGUAUCCUUAUAUUGUACUUUCCAGGAUCCCACUCGUCUUUACUUUGCUAUGACCUAUGCAAAAAAUGGUGAUUUGUUAACAUAUUUACAUCGUCUUGGUUCCUUCGAUGAAGACGUGACCUUGUUUUAUUCGGCUGAACUUGUAUGCGCGAUAGAUGUGCUCCAUAAAUGUGGCAUCAUUCACAGGGACUUGAAACCAGAAAAUAUUUUGCUUGGAGAAGAUUGGCACAUAAUGUUAUCUGAUUUUGGCACAGCGAAAUUUAUUGAUUCAGAGAAAAGCAAGUUAAACAUUACUAACAUGUUGAAUAUAAAGCUAGUAAACGUCAUUUUUUCACUGGAUGAAACAGAUACGAAAAGUGCUCUUCAGGAAGAACACCAUCGUAGUCGAUCAACAUUCGUUGGUACUGCUCAAUAUCUUUCACCAGAAGUACUGGUGGAUGGAGAAGUUGGCCCAUCAUGUGAUUACUGGGCUUUGGGUGCAAUAAUUUUUCAAAUGGUUUCUGGAUUGCCACCAUUUCGAGCUAUUAAUGAUUACCAUACUUUUCAAAAAAUUCAGAAGCUGGACUAUAGUUUUCCCGAAGGUUUUCCUGAUCUUUCCAAAGAUCUCGUUCGAAAAUUGUUGGUUUUCGAUCCUAAUAAACGUCUUGGUUCUGAAGAGACAGGCGGCAGUGAGGCUGUUCGUUCGCAUCCAUAUUUUGCCACAGUUGACUGGAAUAAUUUGAUCACAAAAACGCCACCGCCUUUUAAACCAUACUUACCUGCCAGUUGUGGAGAACCAGCCUUCCACAGCGAUUACCAUUUUCCAGAUAAUAUAGAACCCGGUCUUGAUGAUGCAGCGGUGACCCGCUUGCUAGGCCUUUCUUUAAAAGACUUCUGUUCUUCUAGCCAUAAUAGUAUUUUGGAAACAGAAGAACCAGAAUCAAUUGGAUUGCGUGAAAAAAAGCUGAAUAUUCAGCGGAGAGAACACAAAUACCAUCGUUUUGUGGGGGGCAAUUUGAUCAUUAAAAGUGGUUUAUUGGAUAAAAAGAAGGGAUUGUUCGCAAGAAGAAGGAUGUUUUUACUGACGGAAGGGCCACAUAUAUUUUAUGUGGAUCCCAUAAGUAUGGAAUUGAAAGGCAAAAUACCGUUCUGUCGAAAGUUACGAGUUGAAGCGAAAAAUUUUCGAACUUUCUUCGUGCAUACGCCGAGCCGUACUUAUUAUUUAUUUGAUCCGGAACGAAAUGCAUUGGAAUGGUGUAAAGCAAUAGAAGCUUUGCGUGAACAGUAUCUAAAUGAAUUACCAGAGGAGCCGGAUUCCCUGGAGAACAAAAAUACUAAGCGGCGACGAUAA